CGAACGGACGUGGAUUUUGGUGACGGUGACGCUCGGUUAAAAGGGAAGAAAAAAGUUGGGAUUCUGCGGAUUUGAUCGGAUUUUCGCUUGGUGCGUUCUUGAGUGCCGUUAUAUAAUCGUGUUUUCGGUAAAAGAAAGUGCAGUGUCGUGUGAUUAGGGCUAUCAAAGUUACGGACAAAAUCGUGCCCCAUAAUGAAUAUCGCAGUGAAGCAGGAAAUUAAUGGUUCCCCCCUGCCACAGCGAAUCCCCCAGCAGCAUGUAGGGGGUGAUGGUGGUGGCGGCGGGGGCAUUCCGGGGGGUAAUCAGUCCGGAGGUGGGGGCAACGUGAGCGGCAGUGACCAACACGGUCCCGGUGGUCCCGGAGGAAAAGGCAAUAUGAAUCGCAAUAACCGGAAUAAUAGCAAAAAUCGGCUGAGUUUGCCCAACCGUAAUCGCGGUCCGGGUGGCAUGGGAAUGGGAGGAGGUGGUGGUGGCGGCGGUGGCGGUGGCAAUAUGGGCCCCGGAAAUAACCGGCCAGGAAAUAAUCCGGGCAACAACAUGCAGCAAUCGCCUCAGCAGGGCGGUGGUGAUGAUUCCGGCCCAAAUCCUCACAUGAACCGUGGCAUGCAUCGUGGAAAUCGCGGCGGAAACGAUAUGGAUAACAGCUUUGCCGAUCGUCGCCGUGGCGGUGGAGGAGAUGGAUAUUUUAUCAACGAAAAGCUACGUCUGCUGCAGGGACCGCUGCUGGACAUUCCGGCGAUUGAGGCACAGGAAGCCAAAUUUUCCGGCCGUAAUCGCCUGUACGUUGGCAACCUAACAAAUGAUGCGACGGAAGAGGAGCUGAUGGAGAUGUUCAAACCGUUCGGUGAAAUCAGCGAGGUUUUCAUGAACAAAGAGAAGAACUACGCCUUUGUGCGCGUAGAUUACUUCUGCAAUGCCGAAAAGGCGAAGCGGGAGUUGGAUGGUACCUCGCGCAAGAACCGCGUUUUGCGUGUUCGCUUCGCUCCGAAUGCGACCGCCAUUCGCGUUAAGAACUUGACCGCGUACGUAACGAACGAGUUGCUGUACAAGGCGUUCGAGGUUUUCGGACCGCUCGAGCGCGCGGUGGUGCAGGUGGACGAACGCGGAAAGCCCACCGGCGAGGGAAUAGUAGAGUACCAGAAAAAACCGGGUGCAGCUGCCGCGAUCCGGUACUGCUCAGAGAAGUGCUAUUUCCUCACAUCCUCCCUUCGCCCCGUCAUUGUUGAGCCGUAUACCUAUCAGGAUGAUAACGAUGGUCUGCCUGAGAAGUCGCUCAACAAGAAGCAGAACGAGUUCAUUAAAGCUCGCCAGCUUGGGCCACGGUUUGCGGAGAACGGCUCGUUCGAGUACGAGUAUGGUCAGCGCUGGAAGCACAUGCAUGAUAUGUACCGCCAGAAGGCCGAAGCCCUAAAGCGUGAGAUGAUCAUGGAGGAGGAACAGCUCGAGGCAAAGAUGGAGUUCGCUCGCUACGAACACGAAACUGAGCAGCUGCGUGAACAACUUCGCCAGCGGGAGAUGGAUCGUGACCGCCAGAAGGCCGAACUCGAAAUGAAGGAGCGCCAAGUGCACGUGGCGCGUCAACGUAAUGAUAUGCAGGUCAAGACGGAAAUGGAUGAGAUGACCAACAGAAUCAAGCGUUCGGAUGAAGAGUUGGAUCGCAGACAGAAGGAAAACAACAUGUUCAUGAAGAACCAGCAGAUGAACUUCAUGGACCAGCAGCAGCAGCAGCAGCAAAUGAAUGACAUGGGUGGAAUGGGUGGUAAUGGCGGCGGCGGCGGCGGUGGUGGUGGUGGAAAUGACAAUCGUCGCAACUUUGACAUGAAUCAAGGACCUGGCAAUGGCAACUUCAUGGAACCCACCGUCAGAGAUUACGAUCAUGGUCAGAACCGACCUUCUCGGUUUGACGAUGGACAGCAGCAGCAGCAGCAGCAACAACAGCAGCAGCAGCAGGGAUUGAACCAGCACCAGCAACAGCGAUCCAACGAUUUCGGCAAUCGUAACAAUUGGAUGAAUAACACACCAAACCGUCGUCCUAAUAAUGAUGAUUUCCAGAACAAGCGUAGACGCUUCUAAGCUUCUUAUGCUUAUGCUUUUGUGUGACAAGCCAGACAGUGUAGCAUUACACUUCUAAGGAUAUUUGAAAUCUGGCGAAUUUUAUUUCAUUUAAGGAAACGGCUUGUUGACCGUUGAUUGGAUUUAUUUUUAUUUCAUCAUCAUUACCCCUUGCUCCUUGGCACUUCAAUUUAUAGACGUGCUUUCUGACCGAAAGAGCAAAAACCUGCUUUUUUACACAAAUGCAUGUUGUGUAAAAUGAAACACAAAUUCUUGGAACAAUGUGCGUUUGGAGAUGAUCAACACGGAAUGCUCUAAGGAGAUCGUGUGAAAAGUUGUUCUGUAUUGUGUUGUUUUGUGGAGACACGGCACAUUAGACACAGGCGAUUAAUAUUUUUCAUUUACUCAUCUAGUAUUACGACGCUGUUAUGAUGACAGGAUGACGAACGGGUUCACUGAUAUGAUUUUGAAGAUACAAUUGAUACGAUUGUCAAUCGAACGAACACGAAAUGUACAAUACAUAAUUGAACUGGUUUGAAUGUGCAACAGCGUAUGAUUAUUCACUCAGAUGUAUUUCAACAAAUUAGCAACGUAAGGUAAUUCGGUCGUCGCAGCGAUUUAUUGAUCAGUGACAGUUCUUUUAAAUGAUGUUAGUGAUGCAAUGGCCGUAACACAUAAUCUUAUCAAAUCAUUGGGAAUCUAAACAUGGUUUUCAACUGAACAUUGCACUCUGCAAGUACCAUGAACACUAAGAAAGCCACAUCCAUUCAGCAACAGUGUACAAUUGUUCCUUUUACAGUAGUAGCAUUAAUUAUGUCAUUCAAGGAGCAAAACGUUUCUGUAUUUUCGUUCAUCUGCAAUAAUUUGGUUAAUCAUCAUCGGAAAAAUUAACUAAGUGAAAGGAAACAUUGAAAAAACAUCUUUUAUUAGUUCGAAUAUUUUAAAAAAAUGAUUGCUAAACACUAAAUUAGUUUAUCUGUUCGCGGAACUGAAUCAUUUUUUAUUCCGUUGAUACUGAAUAAUUCAAAUCGCUAUGUCGAUCAAGGGUCGAUAUUAAACAUCCAUUUUAUCAUCGAAUGUGGUCGAUUUAUUAACAAAUAUCCCCUGGACACGCGUGUGUAUUGAAAGCUGGGAAGUUUAAUGAACGAUUUAAUGCUUUCUAUCGAUUUUAAGUAUGUGUGGUUAAGAUAAAAAUCCUAAAAUGUCUCAUGAUACAAGUAAUGCAAUAUGCUAUAUUUUAAAUAUAAGAAUUCUCUAAAGAAUAGACACUUCGAAGCAGAAUUUUGUUGUAUUUUCUAAGCCCGUCGAUUUUUGUUCUUUUCCAACCAAACCGUUAUCUGCAAUCUGAGAAGCUCCAUUUAUCAUUAUUCUUUUGUUCGGUCCGUAUUCUAGUGAUAAUUGAUACUAAAUUUCAAACUUGUAACUGUAUUGUUUAUUGUAUAGAAUUUGCAAUUAGGACCAUUGAUAGUGAAAUUUUCUCUGAUGUCGAAUGAUAAAGCUUAAAUUUUUGUUUCCUAGACUAACAUCGUGCCUCUUGAUUUGUAUAUGCCAUUUUGCAUAAUCAUGCGCGUGUUAAGGUUAUUUACAUCACUUUUAUUUCAAUUUCAGUUGGGUAGGUAAAAGGAAGGGUUUCUUAAGUUAAUAGAUCUUUUGUUUAUUCCGACAUUCUUUGAGUGUAAAAUUUCCUAUGUAGUUUAAUGUUUCUCAUUUGGUUGAGUUUGGUAAUAUUGGUUGUUGUUUGAUUUUUUUGUGCAAAUCUUGUACGUUGUAAAUUUAGUUCAGAAAUAUUUUUUCUUAUAAUUGUGGAUUUGUUGUUCUACAUUAUCAAAUAAUCGUUCUCUUAUUUUUACAAGCUUCAUGAAUCAAAAGCAAAAAUAUGGAUCUACUUGGUCUAGCAUUCAAAAUCAUUGUUUUGCAUCGCAAUAAUUAUAGAAUGUGCAAUCUUUGUGAUUUCUUUAAAACACAUGUUUCUGUCCACCAGAACAAUCCCGCCUGAAAAGAACGGAUUAUUCAAUGUUUUGUAUCGUCGUGAGAGUUGGGGAGCUGGAGAGAAAGUACUGCGUGUGGUUGUUGUGCUGUGAGGGAAGAAAGUCCGCUUAUUCCAUUUCAUGGACCCAUCAUCGGAACAUGGAGACGAUAAUCGACUAUGGCAUAAAAACGCUGAAUAAGGUUAAGGUGUCCUCUAAAGGUUCCUGUUUCGUUAGCUUCAAUAUCUAUAUAUCAUUGGGAUGAACUCCUCUUCUACAUGUUUGCUGUAAAAAAAACAACAAAACAUAAACAAGUGCCGAGUGCAACUUCAAGAAUACAUUAUGAAUCCAUCGUCAUUACUGCGGCUGCGAGGCUACCAAAGCUUAGCCGCGAGGUGUUAAUUCUUCUCUUCACAUGUCGGAAGACAUGAAUGUCACUUCUUGCAUCUCGCCGCUGGUGCGCGUUCACGUACGUUUGAAUAUAGUUCCAAACUACGGUUUUAAACGAAAUCAUGACACGUGUAAAUCGGCAACCACCAUCCUCCAAGCAGCGCCACAAUGGAGGAAACUCUACAUCGAAAAGAAUGGACAGAAACAAUCAGCAUCAUCAAAAUUCAACGG